UCUUCGUCAUCUCAAUUUCGUAAACAAAUUCCCAGCCACGAGAGUGCAGUGAUUAGGACUUCUCUGACAGUAGCUGUAUGCGCGUGUUUCUGUGAAAUCAUUUCGAAAAGAUGAGCGCAAUCUCCCUAACUUCGGGAAAACCAGUGCAUUUUAUGGAUGAAAUAAGACAACUAAGACGAUCACUCAUCAAGUCUUCCACUCAGCGUUUAUUUUGAAAUGUUUAACAAAAUUUACAGAUUGUUUAACUGAGUAGUUCAGGAACAUCUUCAACCAAAAUAUGUAGAACAUUAAAGCACAUUACCAUGGUCAAAUGUAUCUGUGCUUUAGUAUGCAGUAUAUUUCUUUGUUUUGUUAUCCAGAUUUAUUGGAUUAUUUCUUGGAUUAUUAAUAAUAAUCAUUAGAAAACUACAGUCUACAUCUACAAUGAACAGUGUCUUCAUUGUUAUAACCAUGAUAAUUAUGAUUGUUGGUUUAGGAUUACUAAUUUCAUGUGCAAAAUGGUACGAACUAAUAAUUUCUCUAUCUGCGGCUACCGGGUUCACCAUCGUAGCCAUUCUUAUGGGUAUAAGGCUAGAUAAUAUAGAAAUGAAAUUCAAGAUGAUCUUGUUCAUGAUAUUUUGUGUAGCUACAGUAACUGGAUUCAUACUCUUUCUUAUCGGGUUGAUUUUAAAAGAGUACGUUUUAGAAAGUGAUGCCUGGCUUUGUUGGGGCUGCGUUGUGUUUACUGGGAUUAUAUUCACAACAGAUUAUCUGCACAUACACCUCCCACAUAAUCAUCAAUUAGUUUGGUUUGUUUUACAACAGAUGAUUGACUUUAAAAUUGUUCAUUUUGAAACGGUUUGCUCUGAUUGUCAACCUACUGUCACAUUAAAUGCGGAUGGCUUUGAAUUUCCCUCAGAUCCAUCGUCCGUCGAGACAUUACCUAAAGUUGUUCGACAAGCAACUCUACUCAAAGACAAAAAGUCAAAACAAGGAGACAAAUCGAAAAAGGAGGCAGAGUUGGAAGCCAGAUACGAUGUAUGGAAUAAAGGUAUCAAAACUCUAGAAGAAACCUAUAAUAAACUUAAGGAACAGGAAUAUGAAAGUUCAAAACCACUGGCACGAUAUGCUAGUGAUAAAGACCUUACAGAACAUUUGAAGUCACAAAUACAUUCUGAAGAUCCUAUGGCUCAGUAUUUUGUCCGGAAAUCAGCUAAGAAGAAGCGGCAAAAGAAAAGUCAUAAAAAGAAAAAACAUAAACGUAAGUCCAUUUAA